CACACACAGCUGAGAGAAAAGGGAGUCAGUCAGAAGAAAAGCGACCUCAACCAUACACCGGUACAGGCAGCGGCUCUGGCAACGGCCGUCUCUUUGUUCUGUACGGGCUUUGACAACCACGAAGUGGUAUUUAGACACAUACGUGUUCCUCAAUGCCAACGCGAACAUUUACAGAAAUGGACUCAAACGGGGCCGAGCAUAUGGAUCGCUGCGGGUCCUAUGCAAAGAGAAGAAGGCGUGACAGCGGACAGUCUGUCCCUAGUGCAACCUGUGGACUGGAGUACACCGACCUGGAGGCUGCCGAAGCGCUGGUGUGCAUGAGCUCCUGGGGCCAGGGCCACUUUGUCGGGGGCAGCAGGCCAGCCCCCUGCAAGCCCAGGCCCCUCACCCCAGCUUCGGAUUCCUGUGACUCACUCAUGCCGUCAGAACUCCCGGAGCCGCCGAAGGACUUUGUGUCCCUCUCCUCCCUUUGCAUGACUCCCCCUCAUAGCCCCAGCUUUGUCGAGGCUUCCAGCAUGGCGCUCCAGUCAAGCUCUGCCCCGGCUGUGUCCUCACAACACUGUGGCUCCGGCCUCCAUCAACCUGACCUGGCACACGUUGCUGAAAAUACGCCCUCCCUCCCUUCCCUUCCCCGGCCCUGCAGAGCCAUGGCGACCAGCGUCAUCCGCCACACCGCAGACAGCGUCCCCUGCCAACACCGCAUUCCAGUCGCCGCCAGUCCAAAGACAGCCAGAGACACCGUAACGGCUGCGACCUCCUGCCAGCAGCAGCAGCAGCAGCGUGUUACACAGACUGAGCAGAUAGCCACACCUCCAUCCACUGCUGCUCCUCUCACACCUCCUUCAUUCGCCUCAAAAACAGAGCUGCACGCCCGGCCCCCGAAACCCUGCUGGAACAGUGUCUCCACCCCCGCUCCUGUCAAUAUGCAGCUGCAAAGCAGCCCUCCCACUCCCCCCGCUCGCGCAGCUCUGUCCCCGCACUCGGCCCCCAACCCUCAGAUCAUCUGUCAGAUGUUUCCGGUCAGCAGCCAAUCAGGUAUAAUCUCCGCCUUCAUCCCCGGCGCGCUUCAGACGUCCAACAAUGGGAUUCGGACCGCCGCCACGCCCAUCCUCCCCCAGCCCGCCUCGGGUAACUCCGCCUCUGUCCAGCAGUCCCUCAUCGUGGGCUCGGCCAUGCCGCAGGGCACGGUGAUGCUGGUUCUCCCGCAGUCCUCAAUCUCUCAGGCCCCUCACUGCCCUCAGACGGUCAUGACUCUGGGCAACACCAAGCUGCUACCUCUGGCCCCGGCCCCGGUGUACGUGCCGGCGGGGCCCGGCUGCGGUGUGACGGCGACAAAGAUGGACUUUUCCCGCAGGAGAAACUAUGUCUGCACCUUCCCGGGCUGCAGGAAGACUUACUUCAAGAGCUCCCACCUCAAGGCUCACUUAAGAACGCACACAGGCGAGAAGCCUUUCAGCUGCAGCUGGGACGGCUGCGAGAAGAGGUUCGCCCGCUCCGACGAGCUCUCCCGUCACCGGCGGACGCACACGGGCGAAAAGAAAUUUGUGUGUCCCGUGUGCGACCGGCGAUUCAUGCGCAGCGACCACCUCACCAAACACGCCCGCCGCCACAUGACCACGAAGAAAAUGCCCUCCUGGCAGGCCGACGUCAGGAGCCUGAACAAAAUGGCCGCCGCCAAAACGCCUCCAUCAAAACCCGGCCUCGCCACGUUAAGCAUGCUGGUACCUGCCGGCUCCAAGUAGACAAUGAACUCUGCCCUGCCACCCCCUCCCAAGAAACCAGGGACACAGAGCAGCCAAGCACGCACGGCUGCUGCUAUUUUACUCAUGGGAAUGACAGACAAAACAUGCACUGGACUCUUUUAUUCCUCUCUACUGCUCAUUUGUACAUGUACUUUUUCUUUUAAAGGAUUCUUUUGUUUACUUUGAUAUAUUUGAGAAUAUCAAUGCACUCUUGCCAAAGCCUUUGUAUGAAGUUUGUCUUAUGCAUUUCACCUUCCACCCCUCCUACAACACUUUCUCUUUGUUUGUGUUGACACUGAUAUAUAAAUAUAUAUAUGUGUGUCUAGGAAUGUAUUGGUUGUUGUACUAUGAAAUUAUCAUUUUUGGAAAAAACAUGCAAAAUUAUAUGAAUAUUAACCAUCAGUACGUAUGAUUAUACCUCCCUGUCUAACUUUUCAUAUUAUUUAAUACAUAUUUCUAAUAAAACCAAAUUAAAAAAAACAUCAAGUGAGAAAUUGUUUGUGUGUUUUGGGACCACAAAAAAAAAGUGUGGGAUCUUGGUGUAGUCAGCAAUCUUUCCCAGAGUGGUGCCUGCCCACAUCCUGUGUGCGUCACACUGCGACUCCCCCACACCGCCCCCUCUCUUGCUCUGCCGACUGAAUGAGAUUUGGUGUUAUUAAACCUCUUUGGUAAGAACAUCUGAGGACAUCGUGUCCCUUCAUUAGCUCAGAACCAGAUUGUUUAUGAGUCAGCAGACACGACAGAUUUGUUUUUCUUGUUUUAGAGUUCAUUAACUGAUGUAAUCCAGCACCUACAAAAGGGAACAAGGUGAUUGUUGACUCUUUCGUAGUAAACCACUGUUUUAACGUGAGAAUAAAAUAUAACAUGAUGUAACACUGGUAGACAUGUGCACAGUCAUAAUUUAAUGUAUAGAUUGUAAUAUAAACAGGUUGUACAGUAUGUAAUAUAUACCAUUAACAAAUCACAUGAGAAGUGAUAUAGGUUGUGCUGUAGACCAUCCUUGGCCAAAUGAUAUACAUAGAAGCCAUUUGCAGCUGAGGAAAUUAUGAGGAAGCAAGUGGAAAAUUUAUCAAGUAAACAAUAAAAAGAAAAGCUUUUAAAGAUUCUGCUGGACCACGUAG